CUCCACCUCCAACAUCUCUACCUCCUUCACGUUUUUAAACGUUCAUGACAACAAAUAUGGAGACAUUCAACUCCGAAGUCCAUUCAUCUACGGUCCUAAUCCGGUUUGGAAAUUCGCACAGCAGAUCGGCUCUUUCGCGUCUGCCAACUGAAACUCUAUGCAACAUUUUCGUUCACUGUCUCCCGGAAGACGACUCGGAGUACUUGUCGCGCGCAUCAAACGUGGCUAUGUUGACCAGAGUAUGUCGACGAUGGAGGGAGGUUUCCGUGAGCAUGUCCAAUUUGUGGUGUAGACUGUCUGUAGGCAAAGACUGGCAGCAGACAGCCUUCUGCUAUGAAACUUGGCUCAGGCGAUCACGGGGACGUCCGCUAUCAUUGGCACUCGAUUGUCACACAGACCACUGGACCCAGCUACGAAGCCUGCUUGGGCCGUACAUCAAUCGAGUAUCGGCUCUCUCUCUGGAUUUUUCCUCCGGUGCGAACCAACCAGAAGUCAUGAUAGCAGACUUCUUCGCACUUGAGAAGCUGACCAUAUCCACGGACGGCUCCGAUCUUAUGCCAGCGGUCGCCAAAUCUAUCUCGCAAUUGCCGCUCACUCUACGCAGUCUCAAAACAACGAACUUGUUGCCAGUGUUCGACCUCGAGUACAAUCCCACAUGGGCCCAUCUCACAAAUAUCGAGAUCAAUGCACAUGGACUAAACACACUCCCUUCCCUCCUAAAUCUAUGCCCCCACCUCUCUUCUUUGACAAUUGUUGCGGUAAUCACCGAAAUUGAGGCCUUGGAGCCAUCGACGCACACCACACUUCAAUCCAUACGCAUUAUUUCCGGGGAUUUGUUUGGGGACACAGUCGAAGAUCUUGGCCUCUUCGAUGCUCUCUCACUCCCGAAUCUACGAGCGCUCGAAGCUCGCUAUGUACAACCGUGGCCUCAUGAAGAGUUCAAGGAAUUUUUAACACGGUCAAAGUGUCUCCUGGAGAGCCUUACUUUCGGCGAUGGGGUUGUGACAACUGAUGAGCAGCGCGCGGAAUACGUUGCCCUUAUCCCUUCCCUCAAAAUAGUAGUGGAUCCUAUGCGUACAGAGUUUACUUUUAAGUUAUACAGACGGUCGUUAUGUACAUAUUUCGCGGAUGAUAUCUGA